AGAUUUCCGGAAGCCUAUGGCGUGGCUGAAAGGAGUGAUCAUGAAAAUAACAAUGGGCAAAUCUUGCGAAGUGCUACUUGUGCCGGGAUGCUCAAGAUGAUGAUCGAGAAAUUACCAAACGCCAAGAUUACCAAACGCCAGGAUUACCAAACGCAGGAUUACCAAACGCCACCUCCUGGAGAUCUGCCCCCGAAGGACCAACGCGGUGUUCGUUUACCUGAAGAACCAGAUCAGAUUCUACCAGUUCAAGAACAACCAGCUAGAAGAGAACUACCAGCUAGAGAGCACCGUGUUCCACAUUGCUUGCAGGAAACG